CACAAAGUCUAUUUUGACAAUAUCGUAAAAAAUCACGAAAACAAAAAUGAGCUUUUUGGUCUUAAUUUAGGGUUAUGCAUAAGGUUAGCAGUGUGGCUAUGGUUAGGCUUAAGGUUAGUGUUAGGUUUAAAAUAACAUUUUAAGAAGAUAGAUUGUAGAAAUAGGCGGGGUGUAUGACUUUGUGACUGUUGUAACUAGUAACGACCAGGAACGGCGAUUUUGGUUUGUUUACAUAAAACGGACCUAAACCUAGAGCACAAGGGCCACAAAGGAACAAAUUAGACAUGUCUUAAUGUAUUUCAUACCUAUUGCGCCCAGCUGUGGAGAACGUCCUCAUUCAUGCCCCAGACAGUUGAAGCAUGCUGGUAGUAACGUUAGUAUGCAGCCCAACAUAAUCAGAAGAGAUGCCGGAGUCUGGCAUCAAACGAAAAGCCUGCUUUACAAGAAUCUUCUCAUCAAAUGGAGGACUAAACAACAGAGUCUGCAGGAGUUGAUCCUGCCACUGCUGCUGCUGUGCCUGCUGAUUCUGAUCAGCACCCUGAACCCACAUGUCUACUACGGAGGCAUCAGUACCAUGGAGCUGGAGAGGGAGGACUACCACUUACUCAAGGGCCUGGGAUACACCCCCAUUAACAAUGCCACCAAUCACAUCAUGGAGGAGGUGGCCCAGGAAAUGCACUUGCAGGAUCGCCUGGAGAUGUUCUCUAGUGAAGAGGAUCUGGAGAAUGCCAGUCUUUAUGAGCCCUCAGGCUACGUUGGGGUGGUCUUCAUGGGCAGCACACCCACCUCUUACAGGUUGCGCUUCCCUUACAACCAUCUGCCCCUGCCCAGUGACUACACUGAAUCUAUUGCCAACUGUUUUGCCAGCUCAGUGAACUGCAGAGCAGCUAAUUACUGGUACUCUGGCUUCAUCCGCCUCCAGACUCUCAUCGACGCCGCCAUCAUACAGAUGCAGACCAAGCGGUCAGUAUGGAGUGAGAUGGACCACCUGCGUGUGGUGAUGAUGGGCCAGCCAGGGUCAGUGGAGGUCCAAAAGUUUCCCCACGCUCUCAUCUCCAUCUACCUGGUGCUGGCUUUCACACCCUUCAUCACCUUCCUCAUCGUCAACGUAGCAGCAGAGAAGGAACACAGGCUCAAAGACACCAUGACCAUGAUGGGCCUCUACGACUCUGCCUUCUGGCUAUCGUGGGGCCUGCUGUAUGCAGCUCUGGUCACCACCAUGUCCAUCCUCAUGUCCAUCAUCGCUACCUAUACAGCUCUCUUCCCCAACAGUGACUUCAUCGUCAUCUUCCUCCUCAUCUUCCUCUACGGCAUCUCCUCUAUCUUCUUCUCCUUCAUGCUGACCCCUCUGUUUAAGAAGCCUAAGUUUGCCAGUACGGUGGGCUCAAUGCUGACUGUGGUCUUCGGCUGCCUGUCCCUGUUCACUGUCCUGAUGAAGGACUUCCCCCAGCCUCUGGUCUGGGUUCUUUGUCUGCUGUCCCCCAGCGCAUUCUCCAUCGGCAUUGCCCAGGUGGUGUACCUGGAGGCCCAGGGGGACGGAGCUGUGUUCGCUACCCUGGCCAACGGCCCCCAUCCCCUCUACGCCCCCCUUCUCAUGCUCGUCCUGGACUGUAUACUCUACCUGCUGCUGGCUGUCUACCUGGACCAGGUCCUACCAGGUGAGUUUGGCAUGCGGCGCUCCCUGGUAUACUUCAUGAAGCCAUCCUAUUGGUCCAAGCGCAGUAAGCGCUACGUCGAGGUGAGCUCUGUGUACGAGACGGAGGUGAACGGGGCCACAGGAGUGAAUGAGUCUGUGGAGCCCGUCUCUCCGGAAUUCAGGGGGAAAGAGGCCAUCCGCAUUAACAACAUCCGCAAGGUGUACAAAGAGAAGGACAGCAUCGUGGAAGCUCUGAGGGGCUUGACCUUUGACAUCUAUGAAGGUCAGAUCACAGCCCUCCUGGGCCACAGCGGAGCAGGGAAGUCCACUCUGAUGAACAUCCUGUGUGGGAUCUGUCCCCCGACUGACGGCCACGCCUCCAUCUAUGGCUCCCCUGUGGCAGAGAUCGCUGAGGGGGCAGAGAUGAGGCAGCUGGUGGGCAUCUGCCCUCAGUUCAACAUCAUCUUUGACGUGCUCACUGUAGAAGAGCACCUGAGGAUAUUUGCUGCCAUUAAAGGGAUUCUGCCCUCUGACAUUGACAAUGAGGUGUCCAAGGUGCUGAAGGAUCUAGACCUGGAGAAGAUCAUGGACGCCCAGGCUAAGAACCUGAGUGGAGGCCAGAAGAGGAAAUUGUCUGUGGGCAUAGCCAUCCUGGGAGACCCCAAGAUACUGCUCCUGGAUGAGCCUACUGCUGGUAUGGACCCCUGUUCCAGACACCAGGUGUGGUCUCUGCUGAAGAGUCGCAGAGCAGGCAGAGUCACGGUGCUCAGCACACAUUACAUGGACGAGGCAGACAUACUCGCUGACCGCAAAGCUGUGAUCUCUCAGGGCCAACUUAAGUGUGUUGGUUCUUCCCUAUAUCUAAAGACCAAGUGUGGAGUAGGAUACCACCUCAGAAUGUCUAUUGGUGGACGGUGUGAGGUGGAUGGUGUCACAUCAUUGGUCAAGCACCACGUCCCCAAGGCGCAGUUGUCACGGCAACAAGAGGCUGAGCUGACAUUCACCCUCCCUUUCGAAAGCAUGGACACCUUUUCAGGAUUGUUCUCAGAACUAGACUGCAGGCCAGACAUGGGCAUCAUCAACUACGGGGUGUCCAUGACAACGCUGGAGGAUGUGUUUCUUCGUCUGGAGGCUGAGGCUGAGGUGGACCAGGCUGACUACAGUGUGUUCAACCAGGAGCAGGUUGAGGAUGAGGGUGAUGCAUCCUCUCUGGACGACACUGACCAAAGACUACUGACCUUCUCUGACAGCAAGCCAGAGGCGGUCCAGGGCCAUGCUCUGUGGAGACAGCAGUUCAGCACCGUGGCCUGGCUACACAUGCUCAACAUGCAGAGAGAGAGGAAGGCCUUUGUCUACACUCUGGCAUUGUUCCUGGUCUUCCUAGCUGCUGUGCUAGUAUUGUCUCUGGCUACGGGGAACAUCCAGAUCCACGCUCCAGAACGGCAGUUUCUCCCCAUCUACCUGCUGAGACCGAACCAGGCUCCCCGGAAAUACACCACCAGUCUACUGGUCCAGAACUCAUCAGGCUCGGAUAUCUCCGACUUCAUCCGUAACCUGGAAUCUCAGGACAUCAAGGUGGAGAUGAUGAAGAACACAGACUACAUGUCCUGUGCUCCUCACAGUGCAGCCAUCAACGUCACCGGAUCCAACAAGGGUUUCAGAUACAGUGUAGCAUUCAACAGUACUACCGUCCACUCUUUGCCCAUGACAGUCAACGUCCUCAGUAACGCCAUCCUACGAGGUCUCAACGGCACACAACGCAUCCACACCUGGACCAAGCCCUUCGACUAUCAAAUUCCCGACGCCACGUCAUAUGCUCUGGUCUACAUUGAGGCUAUCAUACUGGGGAUGCUAGCUGCAGGCAUGCCUGCCUACUUCGCCAUGGACCACACCCGAGACAGAGAGAUAAAGUGCCGUUCAACGCUGCGUAUCUCUGGCCUGGUCCCGUCUGCGUACUGGUGUGGUCAGGCUGCAGUGGACAUCCCCUUCUACUACCUCAUACUGACCACCAUGACCAGCAUCCUCUUCUCCUUCCAUACUGCCAACCUGCUUACCUCUAGCAACGUCACCGCAGUGAUCCUGUGUCUGAUAGGUUUUGGUCCAGCUAUGAUCCUGUUCACCUAUGUGGUGUCCUUCAUGUUCACACGCGUCCAGAGUAACAGAGACUUCUUCUCUGUGGUCUCCAUGAUGGUGUGUGUGGUGUCUGCCUCCAUCGUCCAGCUGUCAUUUGUGAACGACAACCCCGGGCUGACGAGGAUCCUCCACAAUACACUAUGUUUCUUCAACCCUCUCUACCCCUUAAUGGGCUGCCUUAAUUCUAUCACCAAGGCCACCUUCCUGCCCUCCCUCUAUGAAGAGGACUUCCUCUGGAAGAACCUGCUCAUAGCUGUCCUAUCUCCCUAUCUGCAGUGCAUCCUGCUGCUGUUCAUGCUGCGCUGGUUGGAGAUCCGCUACGGAGGGAGGACCAUGAAGAAUGACCAGUUCUGCAGGAUCUCUUCCAAUACUAAGGCUAAAGUGGAGCGUAACCCAGAGGAGGGGAUCAACGAGGAUGAAGAUGUUCAGAUGGAAAAGGCUCGGGUGAAGGAGGCCCUCACCUGCCAGUGCUGUGAGGAGAAACCAGUAGUGGUGGUGAGUAACUUGAGGAAGCAGUAUAAAUGUCCAAGGGAAGGAAUCUCUCUCAAGAAGAGGAGGACGGUAGCCACCAAGAACAUCUCCUUCUGUGUACGCAAAGGUGAGGUGCUUGGACUGCUGGGGCCCAACGGAGCAGGGAAAAGCACCAUCAUGCAUAUGUUGUCUGGAGACACAGUCCCAACCGCUGGACAGGUCCUGAUGGGGGACUACAGUACAGAGUUCCGUCCAGUAGACAACCCCCUGGAGCAUAUAGGCUACUGUCCCCAGGUCAGCCCUUUGUGGCCCCGCAUCACCCUGGAGGAACACCUGGAGAUCUACGCUGCCAUCAAGGGCCUCCGCGGACAGGACGUCCCUGGCAUCAUCACACGUGUGGUGAAUGCUCUGGAGCUGAAGGGCCACCUCCACAAGCAGGCCAAAAACCUCUCAGCUGGGAUCAAGAGGAAGUUGUGCUUUGCUCUCAGCAUGUUGGGGAACCCUCAGAUAGUUCUGCUGGACGAGCCUUCUACAGGGAUGGACCCCAAGUCCAAACAACGCAUGUGGAGGGCUAUCCGGGCAGCGUUUAAGAACCGCCAGCGUGGGGCCAUUCUGACCACUCACUACAUGGAGGAGGCUGAGGCUGUGUGUGACCGCGUGGCCAUCAUGGUGUCAGGGCAGCUCAGGUGUAUUGGGUCUAUCCAGCACCUGAAGGGGAAGUAUGGGCGUGGCUACAGCCUGGAAUUGAAGCUGAGAGAGGAGCUGACGGGGCUCCAACAAGUGGCACUGCUCCACAAGGAGAUCCGUCGAAUCUUCCCUCACGCUGCAAGACAGGAGAGCUUUGCCACCCUGAUGGUUUACAAGAUCCCCAUGGAGGAUGUCAAGUCACUGGCCAAGUCCUUCUCUCAGCUAGAGAGUGCUAAGCAAGCCUUUAACUUUGAAGAGUACAACUUUUCACAAUCAACCUUAGAGCAGGUCUUCAUGGAGUUUGCUAAGGAGCAGGAGAACGAGGAGGAAGAGGUGGGUUCCCUCAGCACCACGUUCCAGUGGCAGCGGCUCCGCCAGGACGGCCCUGUAGCUGUCAACCACACAGACAGCAUUGUGCACCAGCUCUGAGCUCCACUCGGGGGGGCUCAGACCUAAAGAGGCUGGAAUCGAGUUUACUAUGGCACAGGCUAUGCCAGCCCUGGCAAUGCACUCACCCCUCACCUCACGGCUAACACCACCACCCACCACCAGCCCAAACUAAUAGGACAAGAUGGGCGUCACAGGACGGAUGGAUGCCCCUAUGGACAUGGCCCUGGAGGGCUAGCAACUAUACACUCACACCGGAACUGUGUGUGUUUGGGAUGGAAAGUCUCUCUGGGGCUGAGGUGUGUGAGUUGUCCGAACUACUGUGUGUUUUCUGACCUUUGCACUGAAUAACCAAGGGGCCUGCUCCACUCCACCCAACCAGAAUCUCCCUCCUCUGAUGACGCACUGAUACGACUAAUACCUACUACUUUUUUUAAUAGGUUUUAUUUGAUUUUUUUAUCUGAAUUCACAGCAAGUUCGUAUAAAUGGAUAUAUAUAUUUAAGCAAUAAGGCCCGAGGAGGCGUGGUAUAUGGCCAAUAUACCACGGCUAAGGGCUAUUCUUAUGCAUGACCCAUCGCGGAGUACCUGGACACAGCCCUUAGCCAUGGUAUAAUGGCCAUAUACCACAAGACCCGAGGCGCCUUAUUGCUAUUAUAAACUGGUUACCAACAUAAAUAGAGCAGUAAAAAAUAAAUGUUUUGUCAUACCUGUGGUAUACGGUCUGAUAUACCACAGCUGUCAGCCAGUCAGCAUUCAGGGCUCGAACCACCCAGUUUAUAAAUAUAUAUAUAUAUAUACAUACACUACAGUUCAAAAGUUUGGGGUCACUGAGAAAUGUCCUUGCUUUUGAAAGAAAACCUAGGCAGAGUUCCUCUGUUGAGUGUCUGUGUUCUUUUGCCCAUCAUAAUCUUUUAUUUGUAUUGGCCAGUCUGAGAUAUGGCUUCUUCUUUGCAACUCUGCCUAGAAGCCAGCAUCCCGGAGUCGCCUCUUCACUGUUGACGUUGAGACUGGUGUUUUGCGGGUACUAUUUAAUGAAGCUGCCAGUUGAGGACUUGUGAGUUGUCUGUUUCUCAAACUAGACACUCUAAUGUACUUGUCCUCUUGCUCAGUUGUGCACCGGGGCCUCCCACUCCUCUUUCUGUUCUGGGUAGUUUGCGCUGUUCUGUGAAGGGAGUAGUACACAGCAUUGUAUGAGAUCUUCAGUUUCUUGACAAUUUCUCGCAUGGAAUAGCCUUCUUUUCUCAGAACAAGAAUGGACUGAUGAAUUUCAGAAGUUGUUUGUUUCUGGCCAUUUUGAGUCUGUAAUCGAACCCACAAAUGCUGAUGCUCCAGAUACUCAACUAGUCUAAAGGCCAGUUUUAUUGCUUCCUUAAUCAGCACAACCGUUUUCAGCUGUGCUAAAAUAAUUGCAAAAGGGUUUUCUAAUGAUCAGUUAGCCUUUCAAAAUUAUAAACUUGGAUUAGCUAACACAAUGUGCCAUUUGGAACACAGGAGUGAUUGUUGUUGAUAAUUGGCCUCUGUACACCUAUGUAGAUAUUCCAUAAAACAAUCUGCCGUUUCCAGCUACAACAGUCAUUUACAACAUUAACAAUGUCUACACUGCAUUUCUGAUCAAUUUGAUGUUAUAUUAUGGGACAAAAUAUUUGCUUUUCCUUCAAAAUCAAGGACAUUUCUAAGUGACCCCAAACCUUUGAACUGUUUAUUUAUAUAUAUAGUAUUUAUUGAUUCCUUUUACUUUCCAUCCAUUUCCCUACCUGGGGUACCCUCGUCCCUAGGCAAAUUGGAAGUGUCUAGUGAACAAGAUUAUCCAUGGGGAAUCAGUGCAGUAAGUGUGUUUGCUCGUGUCUUCCACUGUGUUUGUGAAACUUUGUGUGUUUUAUAACAACACCAGUCCAGUUCUGGCUCUAGAUCCACUAGAACCAAAGCAGUACAUCCCUAUUUACUCACACACUCCUAACCUAACACGUUGACACUAAGGUGCUUUUAGCAUCUGUAGCAUGAUAUGGACUAUUUGUGUCGUAGUUGUGUCGGUUGCUUGUUCUGGACGUGUGAGUACAGAUAAACUACUGACAGAUCAACUGACAGAUCUCCAGUACAGACAGAGUUACUGGCAGAUGGAGUGGCCUUUUUUUGUUGCAAAAGAGGAAAUCCAGCCGAACUGGAGCUCCAAUCCCUCUCCUCCCCUGCAUCGCCCUCUGGUGGGUGUGAAGAAAAUCACACAUCACUCUGCCUCUGCCUCUUCUGCACUAAGGGUUUGCUGCUGUUACUGUAUGUUUCUCUCUGGCUGCAUCUGAAAUGGCACAAUAUUCACUACUUGCUCUGGUCAAAAGUAGUGCACUAUAUAGGGACUAGGGUGCUAUUUCCUCUGUGUUUCUGUGGGGCACUGUGAGUGCUGUAUCUCCUCUACACCAGCAUGCAUUUUAGUGUUGUUCAGGCCCAUUGUAUACUAUAAACACAGCUCUCCCCAGUUCUCAUAGACAAGGAGAAAGAGGCCUGCUUUUCAGUGACUUAACAUGCUUGUCUGAGAGGAUGAAUUAUGGAUAAAUAAGGAGAAGAUGGUCAGUAUUGUAGUGAUGUUAUAAAAGGCACAAGUGUAAGGUUUAGUAUGGAGGGUUUAGGGUGGAGAGUUUAGGACAUGUGCUCACACUGCCCAGUGGCCUUCCACUCCUACAAUACUUUAGUGUCUAAAUAGGAAUGAUAGCUUGGUAAUGUAGUAUCUUAAAUUCACAUCAGUACAUGUAGCACUCUGGCUUCAACAAAUGUUUUGGUAUGGGAACCAAGUCACCAACCCUAGAGAAUCAGUCAAUUUGAAAAAUAUUGUUUGGAAGAGUAGGUCUUGUUUUUAUUUUAUUAUUAUGAAAUAUUUGGAUUAUUUUAUCUUGGCCAGGUGUGCUCAAAUUGGUAUUUUGUGACAAAGUGAAUCUUGAAUGUAUGAACAAAAUCUUCUAAAAAAAGGCUUCUUAUUUUAUCUAGGUGACUUAGUUUUUGAAGUUCUGUUGGACUGAAAGGAGCUCAGUUUUCACUCUGUCACUCUGGUGCCGAUUUUAACCACAGAUAUAUUUUAUCUGUUUAUCUGUGUUUUGUGUGUGCGCGUGCGUGUGUGACUUAUGUUUGGCUACUGUUAUAAGACUGCUACAGUACUAAUAUAACCCUCUCCAGGGAAGCACACUAAGUGUUGGUGCAAUACUUAAACAAUUUUAACAGUAAAAAUGUUAACCUUUUAUUGUGACAUUCAGGUGAGCUUUGAAAGAGCAAAUAAGAGAUGAACAGAAGGGAGUUGAGAAGAGAAUUCUUAGUAUGUGAGGAUGGAGGAACUGAGAGAAUAUGUUGGUUUCCUUGGUUUCCAAAUUGAGAGUCCAUGGAAUUGAACUAAUGUUUUCAUAUGAUACUUUUGACCCUAUUUGUGAUGCGGGCGUAUGCUCGGCAUGGUAGAUUCUUGAUUGCUUGAAACGCAUGAUCCCUCUGGUUGCAAGUUGCAUCACAUACUUACAAAGAUGCAAACACAAUUUCAGGAUGCCCUAAAAAUUGUCUACGAUACCUAACUGUCUAUAUGUCUCACUAAAGGUAAAUAUAUUGUACAGUGCAGCAUAAUAUUAUGUCUAAUUUGAUAUAUUUUCCUGUAGCAUAAAUCACGAGUGCUUGCAUUUUCUACAGAAGUGUGUUCUUCAUUGUUCCGUAGAAGACGUGUCAUAGUAGAGAAUAUCAUCCUGCCGUAGAUGUGUUGUAGUAGAGAAUAUCAUCCUGCCGUAGAUGUGUCGUAGUAGAGAAUAUCAUCCUGCCGUAGAAGAUGUGUCGUAGUAGAGAAUAUCAUCCUGCCGUAGAAGACGUUUCGUAGUAGAGAAUAUGACAGUGAGUCAGAUUUGUUGAUGUCUCGCCAGCCUCUCUGAUACUGAGACUUAAUAUCAGUCUGUUGGCCAUGAGUCUGAAUUAAGAAACAUUCACAGAGAACAGGAGGCCUUCACUUAUUGUUUACGGGUGGUGUGGCCAUAGAAAUAUGAUGUUGGCCUGAGGGGCGCUGUCCCUUCUAGUGAUUAUAUUUCUGAGUGUAGCGCCUAUUUUGGGCAGUGAUAAUCAUUGAGCAAAAUGCCUCUUGUCCCUUUUUGCCUUCUAACAUAAACCCACCUCCCCUCCCUCUCUGUGAACUAGAUACAGUGGGGCAAAAAAGUAUUUAGUCAGCCACCAAUUGUGCAAGUUCUCCCACUUAAAAAUAUGAGAGAGGCCUGUAAUUUUCAUCAUAGGUACACUUCAACUAUGACAGACAAAAUGAGAAGAAAUAUCCAGAUUUUUAAUGAAUUUCUUUGCAAAUUAUGGUGGAAAAUAAGUCGUCCUGGUCCCUUUGCAGAAAAACAGCCCCAAAGCAUGAUGUUUCCACCCCCAUGCUUCACAGUAGGUAUGGUGUUCUUUGGAUGCAACUCAGCAUUCUUUGUCCUCCAAACACGACGAGUUGAGUUUUUACCGAAAAGUUAUAUUUUGGUUUCAUCUGACCAUAUGACAUUCUCCCAAUCUUCUUCUGGAUCAUCCAAAUGCUCUCUAGCAAACUUCAGACGGGCCUGGACAUGUACUGGCUUAAGCAGGGGGACACGUCUGGCACUGCAGGAUUUGAGUCCCUGGCGGCAUAGUGUGUUACUGAUGAUAGGCUUUGUUACUUUGGUCCCAGCUCUCUGCAGAUCAUUCAAUGGGUCCCCCCGUGUGGUUCUGGGAUUUUUGCUCACCGUUCUUGUGAUCAUUUUGACCCCACGGGGUGGUGAGAUCUUGCGUGGAGCCCCAGAUCGAGGGAGAUUAUCAGUGGUUUUGUAUGUCUUCCAUUUCCUAAUAAUUGCUCCCACAGUUGAUUUCUUCAAACCAAGCUGCUUGCUUACCUAUUGCAGAUUCAGUCUUCCCAGCCUGGUGCAGGUCUACAAUUUUGUUUCUGGUGUCCUUUGACAGCUCUUUGGUCUUGGCCAUAGUGGAGUUUGGAGUGUGACUGUUUGAGGUUGUGGACAAGUGUAUUUUAUACUGAUAACAAGUUCAAACAGGUGCCAUUAAUAGAUGUAACGAGUGGAGGACAGAGGAGCCUCUUAAAGAAGUCUGUGAGAGACAGAAAUCUUGCUUAUUUGUAGAUGACCAAAUACUUAUUUUCCACCAUAAUUUGCAAAUAAAUUCAUUAAAAAUCCUACAAUGUGAUUUUCUGGAUUUUUCUUUCUCAUUUUGUCGGUCAUAGUUGAAGUGUACCUAUGAUGAAAAUUGCAGGUCUCAUCUUUUUAAGUGGGAGAACUUGCACAAUUGGUGGCUGACUAAAUACUUUUUUGCCCCACUGUAUUUUCUCACGUCUCAUCUCCAACCUGGGGUGCAGAAGCUUUAUAGUCGUCAUCUCAACUUUUUAAGGGAGAUUUUUUUUAUUACAACAUUGUUUAUUUUAAUGGGGAGCUGUGUGACUUGGUUUUGUAAUGUGGUGGUUGGGUUAUUGAGGUGUUGGAUAAUGUUGGAGCAAGUUUCUCAAGUGGUUGUUCAUAGCUUCCUUUGUCUCUCUACCAUGUCAUGUGUGUGGUUUAGUUUAUCAUUAUGCUUAUUGUGUUGUCUUUUAAACUGAUGAAAAGUAAUUAAAGGAGAGGUUGAAGCCCACGAAAUAGGAUGCAGUAGCAUCUCAGAGGCCUGUUUUGCCACCAUUGACCUUCAUUUGAUGGAAUAUAUGUUUUGUGUUUUCUAUUCAUGUAUUUUUUUUUAAGAAAGGGAUCUGAAAAUGUAUGUUGGUAUAGGACCGGUCUGUUGGGUUUCUGUUAAUUUGCCCUCUGAAAUGAAUUACAAUUGGUUUUAUUUUAAAUUUGUAAAGCAUGUUUUCUACUUUACUCUCUCGAAGGAUAUUUGCUACUGAGCAUUGUUGGUGAAAAAUCAGUGUAUGGUUCUGUGAUUCCUGGUAUUUUUAUGAUGAUACAGUACAACCUCUCACAUUCAGCAUUUGUUGUCUGAUAAUCCUUCUUUUUAGAAUACCCCACUGACUGUGUAUGUUUAAAGAUAUUGCUUUGUUCUGUUGACAUACUCUAACACCAUCGUGUGAGUGGAGAGAGCAUUUUUCAUUUUGAACUCUGAACAUUAUUUUUGCACACAUGUAGCCUUGUGCUGUUGUCGCCACUAUAAUAGAGCGAAAAUAGAAUGUCUGUUAUGUUUCAUUCUGUAUGAGUUGUGUAUGGGGUGAGAUUGACUACAUUCACUGAAUUCUUAUCUAUUUCAAAGUAACUGCCCAGAUGUUCCAGAUUUCUAUAAUUACUUACAAUGUGAGUGAAGUGGAUUUCCUUCCAAUUAUUAUUUUUAAAUUUACCAAAAAAUCUGCUUUCCUGUGUGACAUGAUGACAUGUUCUAUGAGGAAAUAGCAAGCAUUUAUGAAAAGGUCUGUUUGAGAUGGUUUGAGGUGGGGUUGUGUUUUGUUUCUCCAAUGUAUGCUCCGGCCACAAACGAGUAUAGGACGAGUCAACAUUAGUUGGAUACGAGUUUACUAAAUAUGAACUUUUAAGUGAGAUUUUCACUUGGCAGUUACUUUAAGAUGUUUUUCCCAAGUGCAAUAUUUAGAUGUGUGUUGUCACAAGCGUUCUAUUAUAAAGGCUAUCAUGGUUAACUAAAAUA